AUGGCUCAAAAAGGCACAGAGGCAAUCUCUAUAGCCUAUGUCACACAGGAUGGGAAGUUUCGCCUAAAUAUGAAUAACUUGAACUUGCUGUUAGAUAAACUAGCAGAUAAAGAAGAUAUAGCAAUCAUUUCAAUGGCUGGAAAAUAUAGAACUGGGAAGUCUUUCAUGUUGAGCAUUUUUCUAAGAUUUCUCAGAGAAAAAGGGUGGGCAAACACUGAAUGGUUCGGACUUGCAGAUAAGAAAUUAAAUGAUGGAUUUAAAUGGGAAAGUGGAACGUGCAGGCAAACGGAAGGAAUAAAUGUUUGGCCUGAAAUAUUUGAUGUUCCUUUACAAAGUGGAAAAAAGACAAUCACCUUUUUGAUUCGCGAUUGGAGACAUCCAAAGGAAUUUCUUUAUGGCAGUGAAGGUGGGGGGAAGUACAUAAAUAAGCAACUAAAGUGUACAUCAACCACAAAUCGACCACAAGUUCAAAGGGUCAAAAAGUCAAUUCCUAAAGCAUACAAAAAUGUUCGUGGUUUUUUAUUGCCUCGACCUGGAAAUGAAGUGGAUGGAGGAUCAGAUUUUUCUGAACUUACGAAUACUGAUAUCACUGGUGAGUUUCGUGAUUUCACUCUCAAGUUGACACAAACAAUUUUGCUUCCCGAAAACUUGAUAGUUAAAGAGAUUUGUGGCAAACCGAUGUCAACAAAUGGUUUUCUGAGUAUGAUUGCAGAAACAAGCAAAAUAUUUGAAAAGGAUGGAUUGCCUACUGUUAAAACCAUGCUCGAAGGCGUCGAGAAUUCAAACAAGAUAGAUGCUUUGAUCGAAGCUGUAAAAAUGUAUAAUUACAAAAUGAAAGAGCGCAUUGGUGACAGUAUCUUACCAGAGAUUGCUUUGUCUGAGCACGAUAAGGAUUCUCUUCAAGAAGCGAGAAAAACUUUUGAUGACAAAGUGAUAAUUGGGUCAGAAGACGGAAAAAACAAAACUUGGAAAAAAGUAGUGAACGAUUGCAAAAAUGAUUAUGAACGUAUAAUUGAAGAAAAUAAAGCAAAAGAGUUGAAGAUAAUACAGAAAAUUGAUGAAGUAUUGGAAGAGGAGAUAGAAAUAUAUGAAGAUAAGAUGAAUAAGUUGGGUAUUUCAUCCAUAACAGAAGAUACCCUGGAAGAGAAACAUUCCUCAUAUCUAAGUCAAGCAGUAACGGUGUACGAGUCAAAAACUAAAGCUUGGAAUGACAUUUUGUCAAAUGUUAUCACUGCUAAACUAUCAAGGCUGAAUGAAAGAGCAUGUUUUUGUUUUAAAAAUCUCAAAAAUCAAAAAAUUAUGGGGGAACAAAUCAAAAGUUUGCAAGAGAGGGAAGAACUAUUGAGGAUUAAAAGUAUUGUUCAAAAAACUGCAGAAGAUUUUGAAAAAAAGUUGACACCGGAACAAAAUAUUGCAACAGAAAAAAACAAAAUUGAUGAAGUAUUUGAAGAGGAGAUAGAAAAAUAUGAAGACAAGAUGAAUAAGUUGGAUAUCUCAUCCUUCACAGACGAUACUGUGGAAGAGAAGCAUUCCGAAUAUCUAAAUCAAGCAUUAGAGGCCUACGAGUCAAAAACUAAAGCUUGGAAUGAGAUUUUGUCAAAUGUUAUUACUGCUAAACGAUCAAGGCUGACGGACAGAGCAAUUAGGGAAGAACAAUUGAAGAUUGAGAAUAUUGUUGAGAAAACUGCAAAAGAUUUUGAAAGGAAGUUGACAACGGAUAUCACACCCAUAGCAUGCAAUACCUUGGAAGAGAAGUAUUUCGAAUAUCUAAGUCAAGCAGUAGAGGCGUACAAGUCCAAAACUGAAGCUUGGACUGACAUUUUGUCAAAUGUUAUUGCAGCUAAACAAGCAAAGAUGAUUGAAAAAGCACGUCUUUGUUUUGAAAAUCUCAAAAAGAAAAAAAUUAUGGAGGAACACAACAAAAUGUUGCAAGAGGACUUGAAAAAUUACAAAAACGACAUACAAAAGAUGUUUGAACAACAGAUGUUAAAACGAUUAGACGAUUAUGACAGGAAAUGUGAGGAUUUUAAAAAUAAGCAAAAGGUGGAGGAAUGCAGAGAAGAACUCAUAAAGAAAUUCAAUGAGUCAUACCAAUUGGCCAAAUUUGAUUUGGUAAAAAAGCAACAAGAAAUUGCAACAGCAAAAAAAGGAAUUGAUGAAGUAUUUGAAGAGGAGAUAGAAAAAUAUGAAGACAAGAUGACUGAGUUGAGGGAUGAACAAUUGAAGAUUGCAAGUAUUGACCAGGAAACUGCAGAUGAUUUUAAAAAGUCGUUGGCACUGGAUUUGCAAAGUUACAAACCAAACAUAAAAGAGAUUUUUGAACGUCAGAAGCAACUCAAAUUAGACUAUUAUGAUGGAAAAUGUGAAGCUUUUGAAAAUAGGGAAAAGGUGGAGGAAUGCAGAGAAGAACUCAUAAAGAAAUUCAAUGAGUCAUAUCAAUUGGCCAAAAUUGAUAUGGAGAAAAAAAAGGAAGCAAUAUCUGAAAAAUACAAAGAAAAUGUCGAAAUUGUCUGUGAAGGAUUUAGAAUGGAGAUGGAGCAGCUGUUGCAUGAAGGGCCUCUCUCAAAUAAAGAAUUCGUCAAAAAAUAUGGUGAGAUCAAACGUGAUGCAUUGGAUAAAUUUUCCAUCUUGAACAAAAACAUAAAGACGCCCCUUUCGGAUUCUGAUGUGGAACAAUUUAAGAGAAAGUUGAUAGAAACUGUCCAAAGGAAAUAUAUUGAUGAAUACAAGAAGACAAAUGAGAUUAAUCAGAAACAACUCGAAAAGGAUUUAGCUGCUUGUGAGAAACAUGUAAAAUCAGCUCUUGACUCAUACACUAGAGAGAUGGAUAAGAUUUUUUUGAAUGGAAAAUACUACGAAGAAUCUGAUUUAAAAGAACAGCAUAACAGCUAUGCAGCAAUGGCAAUUGAUGAAUUCAUGAAACUGUCUGCAAACAUAGCUUCAUGGACGAAGUUUAUUGAUGAUUUGAGAAAACAGAUACAAGAGAAGCUUCUCCAUUAUCAAUCAUGCAAUUGUAGAAAUCGAGAGAUUAUUCAAAGGCAAAAAGCAGCACAAGGACAGAUUUUUGAGAUAGCAGUUGAAUUGAAAAACCAAUAUAUGCGCUUAAUGGGAAAGUUGGUAGGUUGA